AUGGACGAGCUCACACAGAUGUGUUGUGUUCUUCUUCUGCCGCUGUGCUUGUGUUUUAACUCUGAAGUGACUGAAAGGAAAACCAUUGGGAGAGAACCAGACGUCACUCCAAUAUGCACCAAUGCAACAGAGGAUAUCAUCACUCUCAUAGUGUGUGAGAUCAGAACAGAGAGGAGCGGAGGAGAGUGUCGUCUGCUGUAUCGAUACGGAGAAGACUUUGUGCACGAAUGUGACUCCAGGUUCACACUUAUGAUGGAGAAUCAGACUGUGUUUCUCCACCUGACCAGUUUAACACCAGUGGACAGUGGGAACUACACCUGUGAGUGUUCACGCAAUGGUGGGAUAGAUACUCUCCGUCUGAAUAUCAUUGUGGAAGAGGAAGCCGCCAGCAGGUUUACUUCCACUCUAAUUCAAUGUGCUUUGAUUGGAGUAACUACUUUAGUCAUCACUAUAACUGGACUUAUGUUCGGGUUGAUCUGCAAAAGAAAACGUGACCGUUCAAGGUCAGCCACAUCUGGAUUAUCUGUAUGUGAAACUCCCAACUCUUUUGAUGAAGAUGACCCAGACGACCCCUAUACAAGCCUCCAGCAACCAGCCAGUGAUCUCUACCAAACUAUCUCAAGAAGUAACAUCGAAAAUAUCUGCUUUAACAACCAGGAAAUAGAUGGAGGAGAGUCUGAUCAAAGUUACGAGGACCUUUAUGAAAAUGUUUAAACUAAAGAGUCAAGAUUACACUGUAAGUUAGGACUGUGACUUGUGUUUGCACUUGUGUACUGAUUUCUUCAAAUAAAAUGUGAUGUAAAAAUAAAAAAAAGAUGAUCUGGGAAAACUCUUUUUGAGCUUUAUAUUUCACUAGUAUUAGGAAGUGCAA